CACAGCUUCUUUGCCCCGCGUUAGAUUCAUUCUGCAGCUACACUUUUUCUUCCCAUCGUUGGUCCUUUUAAUCUUCCCUCUAGAGCUUCAUUCUGUCCUAAAUUUCAUUCAAGGAAGGAGACUGCUGUACUUUUUUGGAAUCAUUCUUGGUGACUGUUCUUCUCCACACCCUCUUCACAAUGUCCAGUGUCAAGGAAGUCCAGUUCAAGUCGUUCACCGACCAGAAACCGGGUACUUCGGGUCUUCGUAAGAAGGUCACCGUCUUCCAGCAACCACACUACAGUGAAUCCUUCAUCACCUCCAUCCUCUUGUCCAUACCCGAAGGUGCAGACGGUGCUUUCCUAGUCAUUGGCGGUGACGGCAGAUUUUGGAACCCUGAGGUGGUGCAGUUGAUUGCAAAGAUUGGUGCAGCAUAUGGAGUCAAGAAGCUUGUGAUCGGCCAAAAUGGCAUUCUCAGUACCCCUGCGGCCAGCCAUGUUAUCCGCAUACGCAAGGCCACUGGAGGCAUACUCCUGACUGCCAGUCACAACCCGGGUGGACCCAAGGCCGACUUUGGCAUGAAGUACAACCUCUCCAACGGAGCUCCAGCACCGGAAUCCGUGACGAACAAGAUCUUCGAAAAGUCCAAGGCCCUAAGCUCAUACAAGAUUGCGGAUAUCCCUGACAUUGACAUCUCUACAAUUGGCACCAAGAAGUAUGGAGACCUGGAAGUCGAGAUUAUUGAUUCCACAGCCGAUUACAUUGCUAUGCUGAAAGACAUCUUUGACUUUGACCUCAUCCGCUCAUUCUUCAAAGCCCAGCCCAACUUCAAGGUCUUGUUUGAUGGAAUGUCUGGUGUCACAGGUCCCUACGGGGUUGCCAUAUUCCAGAAAGAGCUUGGCUUGGGACCGGACAGCACACAGAAUUGCUCACCAAGCCCAGAUUUCAAUGGUGGCCACCCGGAUCCCAACUUGACCUACGCACAUGAUUUGGUGGCAAGAGUAGACAAGGAAGGCAUACACUUUGGUGCUGCCUCGGACGGUGACGGCGACAGGAACAUGAUCUACGGCAAGAAUGCUUUUGUCUCACCUGGUGACUCCCUGGCCAUCAUUGCCCACUAUGCCAAGAAGUACAUCCCAUACUUUAAGAAACAGGGCGUCUACGGUCUGGCUCGGUCCUUUCCCACCUCGGCGGCCUUGGACCUAGUGGCUAAGAAGCAGAACUUGUCACUUUACGUCGUGCCAACCGGAUGGAAAUUCUUCUGCGCUUUGUUCGAUGCAAACAAGAUGUCUAUCUGCGGUGAAGAGUCCUUCGGUACUGGUUCGAACCACAUUCGAGAGAAGGAUGGUGUGUGGGCUAUUACUGCUUGGCUGAACAUCAUUGCAGGCGUGGGCAUGGAGACGGGUGUGUUCCCAUCGAUCGGGGAAAUUCAAAAGGAGUUCUGGCAAGAGUAUGGAAGGGUGUACUUUACUCGGUACGACUAUGAAAAUGUCAGCAGUGAGGGAGCGGCAGAUAUGAUCAAGUCUCUUGAGGAUAAGAUCGCCGACAAGGGCACCAUUGGUUCCGAUCUCUCUGAUCGCAAGAUCACCGAAGCCGGCAACUUCUCGUAUACAGACCUCGACGGCUCUGUGUCCAAGAACCAAGGUAUCUAUUUCAAGUUCGAUGACGGCACCAGAGUGGUAGUGCGUUUGUCAGGCACGGGCAGCAGCGGCGCCACCAUCCGUCUAUAUGUCGAAAAGCUCGAGCAGGAGAAGAGCAAGGUCGAAGAGGACACACAGACGUAUCUCAAGGGUGCAGUGGGUCUUGCUCUCAACUUGCUACAGCUUCAAAAAUUUAUCGGCCGAACUGAACCGGAUGUUAAGACCUGAGUAUCGGCGAAUAUUGUUCAUCUUCAUAUUUCAUGACAAGCGUCAGCCUCACAACCACCAACUCUCACAAAGUCGUACAUAGACGCAACCUCAACUACCAAAAUAUGAUCCAGCUGUGAUAGCAUGUGAAGUCUCUUAUCUGACCAUGAUUCUCAAUUGUGAUAUUACGUCAGAACUGGGAUCAGUUCUUGGAAGUUUCAUGGCCUUGAGCGACACCGACGGAAGACGGCGGCGUGCAGGAACAUUGUUUCGCCAAUCUCCUCAAAGUCCCGGCUAUUGCUUGGCCACGUUUGCAUGUGUAUUCUGAGAAUAUUGAUGAAAUGCUGACGUCCUCCACUAGGUCCACCAUGUCGAGUGUUCUGUCGAAGGGAUGAAGGUAGCACAGCCUCGUGCUUGGCGACGGACAAAGUGGAUUGGUCAAGGCCAGUUGAUAGUCGACUUAAAGUAUGCCACUAUACUUGACAGGGCCUGAUCGACUCCGGUUCGAAGAUGUAAUCGACAUGCCCAGCCUUGCCCAGACGGAUCUACGACAUCUUGUCCUACUCAAGACGAUAAGAGGCUCUUGGACCUGGCGCAAUGCAGUGUCUGAAUCUCUCAACGUAGUCAGGCGCUUACCAUCAUCUGUCCCAGAAUGUCUAAGCUUAGACUUGGCCAAUACUCGAUGGUUUGGCUCAUGGCCAUCUCCUAGACGAUGAGAUAGUCUUACAACACUGCUUAUUGUACUGAGAUUGCCGAGAUCGAAGGCUCAAUGAAGGAGGCUUUGUCUUUCUCUACACGGUACCAGACUUUUGACCGCUCGGGAGGGAUCACGAUCCAAGAGAAAGGUAUGAAUUGACCACAUCACUCAAGACUCUAUCCAGCCUCGUCCUGGCCCUACAAUGUACGUAUCCCUAGAUCUCCAUGGACCACCGUGACACUGUCACCAAAACUCUAGGGUGGAUGCUUCAAUAUACCUUGGGUAUGCUUGGCUUGUACGCCCCUGGACACGGUGCCUCUGGCCGAAAGCAAAUGCUCCAGCGUUCCUGUCUUGGAAGAGACGCAUACGGCGCAUAGAAAUGAGAACCGGCGUCCACAAUCUAACAUCCAUAUGCCACUUCCCUUGCGUGUGGCUCUUGUGUUUGAAAACAACCAAGAAACAAAAUCCCGCCGAAGUGUGUUACCUUAUUAACAUCUUCACCUUCACCUUGAUCCUCCCAUCUCGUUCCGUUCUUUCCUCACCUCACUCUUCUUCUUCACCAACAUGCCGACCAUUUCGUUCCCUGAUGGCGUUGAUAACCCACUUCGUCGAGUAGAUUCUUCGCUCACUCUCACCUACACCUCAACUUAUCCUAGUCCACAGUCAUCAGUCCCUUCCUCGAGAACAGCGAGUCUAGAGAGGCAGAAGCGUGCAAAUAUGGGUCAAGUCGAUGAUGCAUUUCGUGCGAACGGGGUGAUUCAUCGAUACUCUUGCCAUGAACUCGAUGCCAC